CAAAUACAACAUAUUCACCAUAGCCUUCUUUCCUUGCAUGUAAAGGAAAGAAGGUAGCAAAGGGGAUGAGUCAGGGUCAGAGGCACUGAGCUUUGCAAUCCCAAUAGGAACCCUAUUCUGAUCCUUCUCAGAAUCGAAAAUUCCAGGCAUCUGGCCUUUGACUAGUCUUUAGUUCUCGUGAGAUGGAAGAGCUCAAGAGUUCAGUAACACAAACACAGUCUUCACAUGACCAAAAUGAUCCAACACUGCAGACAGCCCCAUCUUUUUCGAUAUUUAACUCGGGUGUUGAUGAGUUUCGAGAUUCAAAUCAGCAAGUAUUGGAGAGAACUAUUACAACAGAAGGUAUGAUAGGAGGGACUGCAAUUGGUGACUUCAGAUUUCGAGACAAUGGUAUGGGAUUCAUUGAGGAAGGUGAGGAGGAAGAGGAUCAAGUACAACCUCCCAGUCCUCCUAUGUAUCUUGCAACAGGGCUUGGGUUUGAGACUGGAGGUUUUGAUUUCCAUGGUGUUGAUGAUUUUCCUAUGCCAGAAAUUGAUGAGAACAGCGAUCCUGAAGAGUAUUAUAAGAAGAUGCUUGAUGAAUAUCCCUGCCACCCUUUGUUCCUUGGAAAUUAUGCUCAAGUUUUACAGUCUAAGGGAGAUUUACACGGAGCUGAAGAAUACUAUUUCCGCACUACACAAGCAAAUCCCGAAGACGGUGAGGCUUUAGUGCAGUAUGCUAAAUUGGUUUGGCAGCUCCAUCAUGACCAAGAUAGAGCCUUGAGUUACUUUGAACGUGCAGCUAGAGCUAGUCCUGAAGAUAGUCAUGUUCUUGCAGCAUAUGCUAGUUUCCUCUGGGAAAUAGACAAUGACCUGGAAGAAAAUGAAGGAGAUCAAGAUCAGAUUCAGGUCAACAACGGUCAAAAUAUGGAUAAACUUGAAAACAAAGACACCAAUGAAGAAAUUAUAAGGGGGCACUUUUCAACAGGGAAUGAGAUUGAUGACGAGAAGAACUACAAGACCAGGAUUCAAGAGAAUCCCAAGAAUGCUAUGCUUCUAAGAAACUACGCUGAGUUCUUGUGCCAGACCAAGGGAGACCUUCAAGGUGCAGAGGAAUACUAUCUUCGUGCCACAGUAUCUGAUCCUGGUGAUGGUGAGAUCUUGGCACAAUAUGCUCAACUGGUUUGGGAACUUCAUCAUGACAGUAAGAAAGCAUCGUCCUACUUUGAGCGAGCAGUUGAAGCUACUCCGGAAGAUAGCUAUGUUCUUGGGGCGUAUGCUCAUUUUCUCUGGGAAAACGAAGAAGAUGACUGACUUUUACGAGGAUAGAGUUACAGAAGGGCAUAUAUUCAACUUCAUCUUGUACGAGGGGGUAGCCAUGAGAGCUGCAGAUACCUGAAAUCCUGCCAGAGUGAAGGACUACAAAAACACUGAAUCAGGUUAAGUCGUGCUUCAGUCAGCAGCUGUA